AACAGCCCCACCAGUCAACAAGAUGACGACUAUAACACUCUAAUUAACCUCAACAUCAGAGGCUCUCUAUUCAAAAUAACACGAGAGGAAUUAGUAAGUCUACCUGAAAGCAUUCUUCUCUGUCUAUUCCCUAAUGGCCUAUUCUACGACAUUAAUGGCAAUCCCAUAACAAACCUUACUGAAAACGACAUUGUUUAUGUUAACUACUCUCCUAUCUGCUUCAAUUAUAUAAUCAAAACCUUCAACGACGUAUCAAACUCUUAUUAUCAACUUCAUCCCAAUCUCUUUAACAACAAUUCAAUUAGCAACAACAACAACAACUCCCUCGAUUUAAAUUCCUCCAUCACAAGCGACGUUCUAUUAGACAAACCGGCCAUUAUCGUCCUAAGAGAAGAUUUAGACUUCUACUGUAUUCCUCCAAUAAAAGGCCUUACACACAGCCAACUAUUAGAAAUCAAAAUAAUAAUCGGCAACCACCUAGCUCAAAAUCUAAACAUAUUUAAUGGUCUAGGCUACUAUGCUAACAGCAAUGAAAACUCAAACUCAAACUCAAAGCCUCUUGGAACUGCUGAGAAACACCUCCUAGACAUGCUAUGCUCCUCAGGCUUUAAAACAGAUUCCAUCUGGGGCCAUAGAUCAAUGGAGCCAAAUAGAACGGUUAUUGAAUCUCUAGCUUUGGUUCGUUUAAAAAAUGAAAACUCCUUCUCUGAACCAAACUCUCCUGCUCUAAAUCCAGUAAAAUCUCUAUCUCUAUCAACUUCAAGGUCCUCUAACCACAAUAAAAAAAACACUUCCUCCAAAUUAUUGCUUUUUUGGAGAAAACCAGCCAGAAAAUGCUGGUGGUCAAAUGAUAUAAUAGAAAUUGACGUUCCAAUCUCAAUCAAAAAUUCAAAUCAAUUUAAUGAUUUACAAUCUCAAAAUAAAUUAAACAUUUCAGUUCACAUAAGAAGAGUUUGGACUCUUGAAUUAUCGGUAAUUGGC